CUCCCAGACAAUGCUGCACCUCUCCAGUACUGAGAGGUGUAUCUAUAAGCAUGUGGCAGGAAUGAUCAUAAUCAUGAUGUAGCCAGUUAUGUCUGUGUAGGUGGGGAAAGACAUUACUGGGAAGAAGAGACUCCGAGGGCAGAGUCUUGAGGGCAGAGUCUCGAUAAUGUUUCAACAAUAGUGCAAUUACAGACUGAUCUAGGUCCUUUCUGAAACCUGGUCGUAUAAUGUGAUAGAACUCUCCCUCUUGCUCAAUCUGUACAGGUAUACAUACCUGCGGAUAUUGUACAGAUGGAAAUCAUUACUGGAAGCAUACUGUGUUAAGAGUACAUGUGUCAAAAUUGUGUCGUUUUUUUGCCAACAAAUGCUCACUAGCACUGGAGCAGUGAUACAUUAGGUCUGCUAUAUAUACCCAAGGAAUCGGCACUCUGCACCGUUUUAACAAACUUAUUGGUUACUUCUCAAAUCUCUGUGCACAUUUCACCAAUACGGGAACCGUAAAUCAGUUUUGAUGUGACAUCGCUCUACAGAUACUGGUGGUACAUGGGAGAAAGCAACAUUAGUAUUGCAUAAUGGGAAUUCCCCAGGAUUUUGUACUAAUGAAUUUCAAAAUUUAUCAUAAUAUAGCAAGUUUUACAUCAUUCUGAGUUAAGGUGGUUUCUUUAAUGGAAUAAUAGUAAUGCAUUACAGUAAUUGACAAUGUGAUGAAAUGAUGGUGUAUUGUCAAGUUUCCAUCAGCGAUUUACACUGGAAGUGUUUUUAUGUUUGUCUAACAUCACUGAGUGCAGAAAUCUGUACAACUCAUUUUCUUCAUGUGUCUGACGUAACUGGAAUAAUACCAGAACAGAUUGGUGAACAGAAAAGGGAAUUACUCUCCAAUGACCUAUACUAGUUGGGGACCUUGAGGAACCAUGCUAUCUGUGGCACAAGUAGUGACUAGUGUGGUUUACUUGUACUUUGAAGAAAUUACCUGUGAUUCCGUUCCUAAUACAACUUCGAUUACUUGGCUCAACGAGAUACACACCUGAUUUAACCAGUCAGAUACCUGAUACAAAGUUGGAUACUUUGUAGGAAAAUGUGUUACUGACUCAAUGUGUUGGAUGUAUUACCACUAAUUUGUAUUUUGAUUGGUAACUAAAUGUUCUGAAGGAAAGAAAAUCAUCGCAGAAAAAUGUCGAAAAAACUAAAGCAGUUGUCAAACCAUUGGAAGGAAUGUGUUCCUACAGAGUACACUGUUACCCCUGUUGUGGAAAUCCUCGGCCCCAGAGGUCCGAGGGUCACUCGCCAUGCCAGCUUUCUCCAUCUGGGCCAUGGUUACAGACAGAAAAAAGAUCCCUUCUCCAUGACCAGGAAGGACCCUUAUCAAACAGAAAAUCAUGUCCUCUUGGAGAACAUUAACAAUAAUUUCCAGAUCCCAAGGGGUCCAACCGUAGAGUUACCUCCCUCUAGUAAGGGAGCCAGUGUAUAUCGGAGCCAAUCCUUUGGUGGAAUGUCGACACGCUCAGCCCCGGCCUUGGGCUCUCCUUCUGGCUCCACCCCAGUCCUUGGUGAGACAUUACGAGGGCGGGGAUGGGCCAAGUCCCCACAAGCUUCAAGGACAAGCCUAGGGGGCAGCUCAAGAAAGUCCCCAAAAGUUCCAAAGGUCCCACGUCCAAAUCGGGCAUUCCUGAUGUUUGACAGCGUAAGGAGAGGAGUAAGAGAAUUCAUUGAAGCAACAAGAGAUGACAUUGAUCAGUUACAUUCCAGGGGGUUGGACUCGACGUCUACUGCACAGGGCCGAUUACAUGAAACAGACAAGCAAAUUAAAGCAGCUGAGCGUUACAUGAAGAGACUAGAGUUCCAUCUAUCGAAGAUUGAAGAGCUCCAUGAUUGCUAUUUGGUUCAACAACAACUACGAGAAGGGACAAAAACCAUGCAGCGAGCAUAUAUCCUUUCCCCGGCCAAACGACGUGAGGUACUGGCCAGUGUCAGAUAUGGCAUGAAGGAGUGCUCACAGACAAUGUGUGCUAUAGAAGCCCAGUUAGAGGCCAUGCUGGGAACUUUUAACUGUAAAUUAAAAGGAAUGGCAGGAUUUGCACGACUUUGUCCAGGUGAUGUAUUUGAAAUAUCUUUAAAACAUGGCACCCAAAAAUGGAAGUCAAAAGGACGUGUAGAAAAGAAUGGGGCUCAGAGGUGGGACAAUGCAGAGUAUACACUGAAAGCACUUGUGGGCGACAUCAUACAUAUUAAGGGUGUGGAAGCUCGUAGUUUUAAGUCAGUGCUGCUGGGUCAGAAGAGCUGUGAUACACGUGACCUUUUCUCCUCCAACCCUCAGCUGAUGACAGUCAGCAUAAACACCAAUGGCUCCCUCAAACUAAGCAUUGUCAUCACAUGGAACCCACUUGACGGUGUGGAGGAGAGUAUGUCCUACUUUGAGGUUCCAGUACGACCAGCCAACACACCCCGGAGACGUCCUGUAUCUGUAUUAGCUCUCAAUGGCGAGUUAAAUGGAAGCUACAUGAGUUUAGCAGAAAAACAGGAGCGACGCUUCUCAACACCUCUAUCACUCACUAAGGAUGACAAUUUUCUAUUCCGUUCUUCUGCGGCUAGUAGUGGAAGUGCCCAGUCCUCUCCGUACCCCUCUAGUGAGGGUCGGCUUCUACAUAGAGACUCAGGGUUUUCCAGUGCGAUUAACCUUCCCACAUCCUCCCCUGUACAACCAAAGAAACCUCUCACCUCUCCUCCAUCCCCACCUCUAGAGACCAGGUCCCGAUCCCCACCCCUGGCCAGGGAGGGGCUCCUCACUCACCAGUCCCCAGUUCAUCCUUCAUCCCCAGUCCUCUCACACUCCACACUGCCAUCUUCUGUGUUUAACCACCUUCACUUCCCUGUGGCAUCCAGUCACAGUGGGACCCCUGUCAGGGAGGAACCACAGACAGUGGAAGAUGCUCUCAAUUCCCUGCAGACUGCCCUAGAGGAUUUCCACGGACAGUACCGUGAACUGGAGCAACUGGAGGAUGUGGUAGUUACUCUGGAACAUGUACUCAGGAAGGAGUCUCGGUGUAGCUCACGCUCAUCCAGUAUCAGUAUAUCAAUAGAGAGUGCUCUGGAAGCAUUCGACUUCCUCAACACCGAGGAAACAACAGUAGAGGAAGCUGAACCUCAAGUAGACCAAGCGGCAUUUGAUAAUAUCAUAUCCAGUCCUGAAUCAACCGCUAAGACAGCAGACUCUGGAAUUGAAUCAUUGGCCAAGCGCCUGAGUGAGGAUACACAGCUGGGGUCAAGUGAAGGAUCUAGUCCUCUACCUCCCACUACAGGGAACGACCAAGUGGACCACGCCCUAAUAUACCACCUUGUGUACUGUGAACGCCUACUCGAGAGCCUUGGUAACUUUGGUCCACUCAAAUGUCGUGAAAUCUAUGCAUUAGAUAAGUUACAGAAACAGGCAGAGAUCAUUGGGCACCUGAUAAAGGUUGCCAGUACAGAUGCAGUGGUUGAUCUACUGUCAGUGAUGACGGAGUUGACAGACGACAAAAGUCUACGAGAAUUCUGGGCACGGUGUACAGACCACAAUGUUCUGUAUGUACAUCCUGAGAAAUUAGUGACCUGUUUGGAGCAGAAAUAUGGCCCACAGCUUCAGUCGAAAUACAACAAGGAACCUAAGAAAGUAUUAAGACACCUAGUGAUGAGAAUAUUGGACGUACCUAAUUACGACCCAGAAAAGAUCAAAUCGACAUGUGUAGUCACCCUUCACCAGUUCAUGCGCUACUUUAAGGAUGAGGGAGGCUUUGCCAAUGUGGAUGGAGUGGCCUUGGAUUUACACAUGAUAGAACAGCUCUGCUCCACUAACCCUGAUGCUGUGAUUAAGACAAUCCUUUCACUGCGAGAUGAACUUCCCUCGUCACCAUGUCUCAAGGUUAUGGGUGCAUUGCUGGUGUCCAAGAGCCAGGAGGUCCAGAAGUGUCUAGCAUCCUACCUGAACCUUAUCAACAUGAAGAGUGAUGAGAGAACAAAGGCCAUUGUGGUGUUUGUGGAGGGUCUGGAGGAUAAGACAUCAGAGAUCCGGGCAGGAUCCUGUAUAGCUCUCUCCUUGUUAGAGGCUUCAGAGGGAAUAGACCAAUUAGCUUACAUCUGUCACACAGACACUUCUCAGUCAGUAAGAGUCAAGGCAAAGGAAGCACUUGUGUCUCUUGGUGAGGAAGGACGGAGGGCCUAUGAUGAAGGUCAGCUGACCAGUCAUGGAUUUCAAGGUGUGCAUGUCAGAAAGUGAGGGUUACCAACGAGUGCUGUGAUAAUGUUGAUAUCAUUUGUCAUAGUGUGCAAACAGUCACCAAGAUCAUAAAUUGUGAGGACAUAAUGAGUACUCGUCUGACUGGAGAAAUCAUUGUGGUACUUGUCACUGGGACACCAGAUACAAACCGCUAAUGGAGCUUUCCUCUUACAGUGAUAUAACUAUUGAUCCAUGUAGUGCUGAAAUCUGUAAGGAUUUCUUGUAUACAUUGUUCCUCUAUUGCUUAAGUCAAAGGAGACUGAUCUGCAUUGGAUUGCUAGUGCUGAAAAUUGAAACAAUGCAAUUAUAUCUAGUGCUGUGAUUCAUAAUGACAACAGAUCUAUGAUGUGUGUGAUCUAUAGAAUGUGUGGAUAUGAUAUUGCAGAAACUGGUCAGAAUGGAUGAUCCACAUUUAAUGUGGGAGACACCAUAACAGAUUGUACUGACUGGCUGUAUAUGUGAAGCAGAAAAAGGUGGCUAGACAUAUGUAGGAACGAUGAUCAUUAUAGACACCAGGAUGGAAAAGAUGUGGUUAUGUGCAAUAUAUUGUUAGACUUGAAUACAGGUGUUAUUGGUCAGUAUCUACAGAUACUUAUAUUUCUCUGAAAUAACCAGAUCUGUGGUGUCUAAGGAAGAGAACUUACAAAGAAAGCAAUGUUGACAUACUCAUUAACACUUCAUCAUGCUUUAUAUUGUGAUGUUCAUUUUUGUACAGUCAAAAUAGUGCAAUAUACGAGACAGCAAUUCUGAAAGGUGAUGAUAUUAUGGCGUUGGACAACUUUCAGAAUACAUCUGUCCUGAAUACAAGACUUGGAAGUCAUGAGAAUGGUAUUGUAAUAAACUUUAUCAUGACUAAUGUUAUAACAAUAGUGUAACAGCCUCACAAGCUGAAGCAGGUUGUUUACACAAGUUAACACAUAAUAGUUGCCAAACUAGAAGUGGAAAAUUUCUAAAGUUUACCCGAUUAGUCCAGACUUAUGUUGAAUAAGGAGGUGUUAGCAAUAUGUACAUGUCACAAGUAAGCGAGAUUAUAUGAUGAAGUUUUUGUGUGGAGCUGUGAUGUCUAUCAACGAUUCAGUGAAUCCUAGGAUGUGAUGUGUCAUCUUGGAAGACAAGCUUGUGUUGUAUACAUUUAUAUAGAUAUAAAUAUUUUUACCUGUGAUGAUAAUGACAAUGAUUGGAAGGAUUGUUCUAUACAACUCUACAAAUAUUUCAUGUGUGUCACUUUUGUGAUGUUCCGAUUUAGGGAAGGUAAUCCUGAUACAAUGUUGGAGUUAUCUCCCUUAGAUCUAUUGUUAUAACAGAUCAUUCACCUGAUUUCAGAUUUGUGGUAUGAAUAGAGAUGGACCUGCUAAUAUAACUAGACACCUGGAAAGGCUUAAAAUCAAGCUUCAUCAGAUAGCUUAAUGCUAUCAGUAUACUUGUCCUUAUUUCGUGAAGGAAAAAUCCUGGUUCAUUUGCUCAAACCGAUAAACAAAAAAGGCCGUGGUAUUUGUUUUCAUAAUUUUCACAUGCUAGAUACAUAUUUGUGAUUCAAAAUAUUGAACUUUUCUUCGUUUGUUUGGGUUUUUUCUUUUUUUUUCAAACUUAAAAGGAAUAUUUUAUGAUAUUAAGUGAUAUGUUACCUAAUGCACAUGAAAAAUACAAGAAAUAUAAUCUCAUUCCAUUUAAUUUGUUUAGCUGAUCUGGAUUAUUAUCUUUUUAAUGAUUAAUUGACAAAAACAAUUAGCACUAUUGAUAAAGACAUAUCAAAGAAACAAAGAUAAUUGGGGAGGAGGAGGAGGAAGAGGAUUUUUAUUUCAAUCUACAGAAAUAAGCAGGAAUAAUAUCUAAAUGGCCUGCUUUAAAUAUCCACAACAGUGUAGGAAAUUGUUUCAUCUUCUGGUAAAUUUUUACAUUGUAAAGAAUUCUCCACAACAUCAUUUUAAACUUGAUGUAGUCUAUUAACUUAUAUAUGUGAAAUUGUCACAAUAUAUUCAUAUACAACAUAAAGUACUUGCCAUAACGAUGUAUUUAUUUAGUUUUAGCUAUACAACUAAUGUCUUCCUAAAGAAUCAGCAUUGAAUAAUUUCUGAGAUAAUUCUGCUUUGAUGCAAAUAUCAUGCCCUAUAACUUUAUAGACAUCACUGUAUUAUACCUGUUUAAGGUGCAUUGUUUUUAUCCAAAUCAUUGUUCUGUGGGAAAAUGUUUUCUUGCUAAGAUAUAAUGUCAAAAUUUGAAAUGUUCCAUGUAGUUAUAUUUGUAUAGCAAAAGUCUUAGAGCAAAGUGUUAGGAAGUACACCUCUUAGUACUUCUGUAUUUAAGAAUAGACUUUUAAAUUUUUUUAGUAAUCCUGAAUUAUAUUUGAAUUCUUGCCUUUGCAGUUUAUAUAUCAAACAAGUACAAAAAGAGAGAAAAAAUAGUCUUUUAACCCCACGUUUUAAUUGUUCUCAAAAUUCAAGUUCAAUUGACAGGACUUAAGGAGCAGUAGCUACAUUUAUGACAUGUAUUCUAGCCCCCUAGAGGUAAGCAAUAUGGGGUAGUGGCUUAUGUAUAAGGGUUCAGAUGUACUUUACAACAGAUUUUAAUGUGGCUUUUUAUAAGAGUCUUUACUAUAUAUCUGUCUUGUUUGUUACAUACAUUCCUAACCUCGAAACAUGACAAAAUCUCCCUUAUCUAUAUGUUUUCCUGUUCUGCAAUCAGGUGUGGUCACCUGUCCAAAGCUUCCAUUUCAAUGUUCUUUGUGAUGUUGGAAGAAAUUUAGCACCCACACAAUAAAUAAGUUGGAUUUUAGAAUCAGAAUUAUGUUUUAUAGUUCUUGGUAUUUGAUUAUGACUUGAAAAAAAUCAGAUCAGCUUGAAGUUAACAAAAUAUAUAUAUAUAUCUUGGCGUCAUGAAAAUUAUGCCUUUAGAAGACUGAUUCUUGUAUCUGGAUGUUUAUAAUAUAUAGAUGGAAGUUUCAGAUGAUGGCUCAGAAACUGUUUACUUUUGUAAUUUCCUGAUUGCAUUUCUUAUCAAAAUCCAUGAAAUAAAGACACAUUUAACAGCAUCAUAAGGAAGGAACCAAAGAGAAAGGCAUGAUUUUCUGUGAUACAGGAAAUAUGUCUGUAUCUCGGUCUUAUUUAUAAUUACCUGGAAACAAAGUUAUUGUUAGCUUUGCCUUAUUUUCUUACCUGUAUAUGGAAUUACUUAUGUGUGUAGGUGUCACUGUACUUGUGUAAUGAAGUGUACAUAUAGGUACAGAGAUCUAGUCACCAUCUACCAAUGAUAAUUACCCAGUUAGGGACAUGUUCAUACAAAUAAAUAUUAUUGACAAUUAAACAAAUAUGAAAAAAUAUG